ACUGGUUUGACACUGACAGCUCCUCUUUCUCAUUUCGGUCUCUAAUCGUUUGGCGUUUCUUUAAAUCUUCCUUCUGCCCCGAUUUUUUGCCCUCCCCCUGAGAGAGGAGUCCUCUUUGCCCGGAGGGACAGACGUUUGAGGAAAUUUGGACUGACUAAAGGUUUUUAUUGCUAUCAUAAUGAUGGCAAGAAGCUGUGAUACAUUUGUGGUCCUGCCACCACUCACAAAAGGCGGUGUGAUUUUUGGAAAAAACUCCGACAGGCCCAGCGACGAGGUGCAGGAGAUCGUUUAUAUCCCUGAGGCUCAGCACGAUUCAGGGAAGCUCAAAUGUACUUAUAUUGAGAUAGACCAAGUUGAGAGUACACUCAGCGUUAUACUGUGCAAACCGACUUGGAUGUGGGGCGCAGAGAUGGGGGCGAAUAGUUCCGGCGUCGUCAUCGGGAAUGAGGCCGUUUACACAAAAGUGCCUGAAAGCGGUGAAGCUCUCUUGGGCAUGGACCUGGUCCGACUCGGCCUAGAGAGGUCCAAGACGGCAGUCGAGGCCGUUGAUGUAAUAACUGGCCUUCUUGAAAAGUACGGACAAGGGGGAAACUGCUACGAGUCUGGUUCGACUCAGUAUCAGAAUUCUUUCCUGAUUGUCGAUCCUACUUCGGCGUGGGUGGUUGAAACCGCUGGGAAGCUUUGGGUUGCGCAAGAGGUCAAAGAUUCUAUGCGGAAUAUUUCCAAUAUGUUGACAAUUGGUACGAGGAUAGACAAAAUGGCUGAUGGUGUAAAAACCUACGCUGUGGACAACAAGCUCUGGGACGGUCAGGGCGAAUUAGAUUGGGCGAAGGCCUUCUCAGAUGGUGGUUGUGAUAGAUUUGAUAAAGGGCAUGAACUUUUAAAGUCCCUAACUGCUGAAAAUAAAUUCCAAGUCACUGAUAUGUUUAAGAUUUUGCGAGAUACAGAGAGUGGUAUUUGCAUGAGAUUGGGUUCAGGAUGUGUUACAACCUCGUCACAAGUCUCCCUUCUGUUUGGUGACAAGCCUUGUGCACACUGGUUCACGGGCACGCCCGAUCCGACUGUUUCAGUUUUCAAACCGUUCGUUUUCACACCGUCUGUCAAGAUCUCGCACCACACUGUCGCACCCGCAGGGGAGAAGGCGCAUAACCUACACAAGCUGCACGCCGUCGCCGUCGAAUCGAAACCAAACGUACUCGAACAGCUGCGUGAAAUGGAAGCCAACUGCACCGAGGAGACAAUCUCUUUCGUGAGUGGCUACGACACCUCUACGGACAUAACGGAACUCGACGAGCUGUUCAAGGACGUCGUUGAGACUGAAGUCAAAUUUUACAAAUAAGCCCAGGGGGGAUUUUUUUGAUUUGUUUUAUUUUUAAGAAAUGAAGAGAAAAAUAAGCGCUUUUGUUACUUCGCUGUUUCAGUUAUUCACCUGUGCUUUCUCUCAUUGUCAAGCUGUGAUUAUUGUUAUUUUUUUAUUUUUUUAAGUAAUCAAUUCCAUUCCUUUUCGCUAGUCACCAUCGCAUAUGCUGCUCUUUUAUGCAAAUAUUACACAAUUUCAUAAAUCUCUAUUAGUUUUACACGUUGCAAACAUUUUUUAUGUUUAUUUUUAUAAUUGUUAACGUUAAUAUUUGGAUAUGAAAUUAUAAUAUUAAAGGCUGACAUUGAUUAUAUCGAAGAUAAUCAAUAUUUCAUUUAUAGUUUCGAUCAUUCUUGCUUUUUCAGCUAUUCAGUAUGUUUUUGUGCAGUUGUUUUUCAAAAACAAAAUGACUAUUGUACACAAAUGCUUAAGUAAAAAGCUUUAAUUAUUUAACCGCCUAAAAAUAUAAUUAUAAGAGCUUUAAUUAUUUAUAAAUAACUCCUGGGUUUUAAGUGAUUUUCAAACUAAAUAUGAUACACUGAUACAAGGCAGCAUAUGCGUCAAAAUCUUCGUUCCUAUUCCAACUUUAAUGUUUGUUUAUAUAUUUAAAGAACCUUUUAAAUAUGAAAUCUCUCCAUCCCAACAUCAUUUCCUUGAUAUAUGUUAGAAUUUCAAUAUUUAUCACCCAAUACAUUCUAAGAUCACAUUCCCAAGAGAAAAAAUAAAGUAAGAAAUUCUUCCAAUAUUAGAUGUUCUAUAAAAUCUGAUAAAUGAUCGUACGAUUUUAAUGAACAAUACAUAUUCACAACAAAAUUGAUUUCAUUUUUUUUUUCUAUAAACUGAAGGGAUACAAAGUUGUCCAAUUUCAUAAAUUAAUGCUGUAACAAGCGGAAAUAAUUUAGUUUUUACUUUU